UUAGCAUCCUUGAAAUAGAAUCAACUUAGGAAUAAUAUAACAUCAAAAUGAGUUCAAAAAUGAAUAAGGUGCACCUUUCCAAAGGAAUUCUAGAAAUGAAGUUUAUGUCUCGCACGAGAGAGAAAAUAGAGAAAGAAAAGGACGACGCCGAAGGAAGGGCAUUGUAUUCGAAUGAAAUUACGGAUAAAAUGCUUCAUGACUCCUCCAAAUAUAUUAUCGAAACUAGUUAUGUUCCUUGCGAAGACCUCAUCGAAGGCCGCGUUAGUUACGGUGGCAUGAAUCCGGAAAUAGAGCGUAUUAUAGAGUUAGAGAAAAACAAGGACCUCGCUGCACUGAUGGAACAGCAGCAAGCAGAAGCAGCAGAAAAGCAACGUAUGCGUAGGGACGUUCCGGAUGAAGAGAUGGCAAAGUUUUACACUAGCAUGGUGAAAACAAUGAAGAAAAAAUAUGAUAAACGCCAAUCCGUUCUUCCACUAAACAUCAAACGAAUGGAACGUCCAAAAGAUGAAUAAAAACA